UUGCUUCCACCCUCCUUCGUACCCCGCCCCCCCCGGCACCCCGCCUUCCUCCCCGGUCUCCCUCCCCCCCAGGGCGGUCGUGCUGGCGGUGGCGGUGCUGAGCGGGACCGCAUGCGCGUUGCCAUCCUGGACGAGGCCAACAUCGUGUGCUCCACUCUCUCAUUCGCGGGCAGCUCGGUGUUCUACAGGCUGAGUCGCAAGUUCGAUGUGGUGGUGAUCGACGAGGCGGCCCAGGCGGUGGAGCCAUCCACACUGGUGCCGCUGGUCAUGGGGUGCAAGCAGGUGUACCUGGUGGGCGACCCGGUGCAGCUGCCCGCCACCGUCAUAUCCACCCGCGCAGUGGAGCAGGGCUACGACUGCUCGCUGUUCAAGAGGCUGCAGACCGCAGGCUACCCGGUCCGUGUGCUAGACACGCAGUACCGCAUGCACCCAGACAUCGCCGCCUUCCCCAGCUCCGAGUUCUACAGCGGCAGGCUGCUCAACGGAGAGGGUGUGUUGGAGGAAACCCGGCAGCCCUGGCACAGCCAGCCCGCAUUCGGCCCCUUCGCCUUCUACGAUGUGGCAGGCAGGGAGUCCACACCACCCGGGGGGGCGUCCAUCAUGAACAAGGCCGAGGCCCACAUGGUGCUGGUGGUGUACCGCGAGCUCGUACACGCCUACCCGCAGCUGCGGCGUACGGCAAGCGUGGCGGUCAUCUCGCCGUACAAGGCCCAGGUGAAGCUGCUGCGCGACUCCUUCCGUACGGCCCUGGGCGAGGAGGCGGCGCGACUGGUGGACAUCAACACCAUUGAUGGAUUCCAGGGUCGUGAGAAGGACAUCUGUAUCUUCUCCGCCGUACGCUCCCCCGUGGCGCCCAAGAAGGGGGGCAGGAGGCCGGGUAUUGGUUUCGUGGCGGACGAGCGGCGAGUCAACGUGGGCCUCACCCGAGCGCGCUGCUCGCUGAUCGUGAUUGGGAACAUGCGGGCGCUGCAGGUUGACCCCCACUGGGCCAACCUAAUCCACUCCGCACUCACCCGCCGCUGCCUCUACCGCCCCAAGCCGCCCUACGCUGACUGGAUGGCGGGCGUGCUGGCGGGCAGCGUAGCGGGGCGGGUGGAGCCAUCGGAGGGGGAGGUGGCGGCGCUGGAAAAGGUCCGCACCCGAGCCGCCCAGCGUGCCGCCGCAGUGGGCGCCAAGGCGGGCGAGUACGCGGCACUGGACGCCACCGGGGACCUGGUGCUGGAUGAGGCGGGG